GGGGCGAUGAUGGAUACUUGCCUGCCUGUUCUCACUUCCCGCAAAAGUAAGCCCGCUGUCAAUGGAGGAGGACAUUGAUACCCGCAAGAUAAACAACAGUUUCCUGCGCGAUCACAGCUAUGCAACAGAAGCUGACAUUAUCUCUACGGUAGAAUUCAACCACACAGGAGAAUUACUAGCGACAGGGGACAAGGGGGGUCGCGUUGUAAUAUUUCAGCGUGAGCAGGAGAGCAAAAAUCAGCCCCAUCGCAGGGGAGAAUAUAAUGUUUAUAGCACAUUCCAGAGCCAUGAACCUGAGUUCGAUUACCUGAAGAGCUUAGAGAUAGAGGAGAAGAUCAAUAAAAUACGAUGGCUCCCCCAGCAAAAUGCAGCCUACUUCCUUCUCUCCACAAAUGAUAAAACCGUAAAACUAUGGAAAGUUAGUGAAAGAGAUAAAAGACCAGAGGGCUAUAAUCUCAAAGACGAAGAUGGACGACUCCGAGACCCCUCCACAAUUACAACUCUGCGGGUACCUGUGCUAAGGCCCAUGGAUUUAAUGGUGGAAGCGACUCCCAGAAGGGUUUUCGCAAAUGCGCACACGUAUCACAUCAACUCCAUAUCCGUUAACAGUGACUAUGAAACGUACAUGUCAGCGGAUGAUUUGAGGAUAAACUUAUGGAACUUUGAAAUAAUCAAUCAAAGUUUUAAUAUUGUAGAUAUAAAACCAGCAAACAUGGAGGAGCUGACAGAAGUGAUAACAGCUGCAGAGUUUCAUCCGCACCACUGCAACACCUUUGUCUACAGCAGCAGCAAAGGGACAAUAAGAUUAUGUGACAUGCGAGCGUCUGCCCUGUGCGACAAGCACUCCAAAUUUUUUGAAGAGCCGGAAGACCCAAGUAACAGGUCAUUUUUUUCUGAGAUCAUCUCUUCAAUUUCUGAUGUUAAGUUCAGCCACAGUGGGAGGUACAUCAUGACCAGGGACUAUCUUACCGUCAAGGUGUGGGACCUGAACAUGGAGAACAGGCCUAUUGAGACAUACCAGGUUCAUGAUUACCUCCGCAGCAAACUGUGUUCCCUCUACGAGAAUGAUUGCAUUUUUGAUAAAUUUGAAUGUGUGUGGAACGGGUCUGACAGCGUCAUCAUGACUGGCUCCUACAACAAUUUCUUUAGAAUGUUUGACCGCAACACCAAGCGUGAUGUGACCCUGGAGGCCUCAAGGGAAAACAGCAAACCCCGCGCCAUCCUGAAGCCCCGCAAAGUCUGUGUCGGGGGCAAAAGGAGGAAAGACGAAAUUAGCGUGGACAGUCUGGACUUUAGCAAAAAGAUCCUGCAUACAGCUUGGCAUCCUUCAGAAAAUAUCAUAGCAGUGGCAGCGACAAAUAACCUGUAUAUAUUUCAGGACAAGGUUAACUAGGAGGGGGAAAAAAGAUAAUUCUUUAGGAAUCUUAUGUAUUGAAUACUAGCAAACAUAAGGUUUUAAAUGUUUCUUCUGUUUUCUUCUUCUCCUCCUUGUUUCUUUCAUUAUCCCUCUGCAGAUGUUAAUUAUGUAGAGGCAAGCACUCAGAUUCCAGACUCAUUGCUUUCCUCCAAACAUUAAGAAAUUAGGUUGACAAAACCUGUUAGGAACGUUUUACUUAUAAUUAUUAAGAGUCACCAAGUUACACUAUUAAUUCAAUAGCAAGCUUUAAUUAACUUGUACUUUUUUUUCUU